UAUAAAACCCCAGCCCAACCUACCUUUCUCCUCCUCAAAUUAAGAAGCCUCUCUCUCUCUCUCUCUCUCUCUCUCUCUCUCUUUCAUUAUAAUUACUACUCCUGUUGUAUACUAUUGCAAAAAUGUGUGGCGGAGCGAUAAUCUCCGGUUACGUCCCCGCGGCGCAGUCGCGGGGCCUCACCAACGCCGACUUUAUGUGGCCGGGUCUUAAGAAGACGACUCAGAAGGAGGGGAAGAAGCAUUACCCGGCCGAAGUCGGCGCCGACUUCGGCUUUGACGCCGACUUCGACUUCGACUUCGAUGCCGACUUUGCCGAGUUCGAGGACGAGCCCGGCGAGGUCUCGGAGGACGAGCCAUUCUUCGUCGACACUUUCAAAGCCCCAUUUUUACGAGAUGCACCAGCUGCUCUGAAAGCAGUUGAGUACCAUAGGCCUGCUGCUAAAUCGGCCAAAAGGAAGCGGAAGAACCAAUACAGAGGGAUUCGCCGACGCCCGUGGGGUAAGUGGGCUGCUGAAAUAAGAGAUCCUCGCAAAGGCGUCCGUGUUUGGCUAGGAACAUACAACACUCCUGAGGAAGCUGCGAGGGCCUACGAUGCAGAAGCGCGUCGGAUCCGUGGCAAGAAAGCCAAGGUGAACUUUCCUGAUGAGUCACCCUCAAGUGCCCAAAAGUGCUCUCCAAAACCUACUGGCAUAAGCUCAUCCAACUUGGUUCCGCCAGAGAAGCUUAACCUCAAUCCGGCUUUAAAUCAUCCAAAUGACCCAAAUAGCUGCUUUUUCUCGACUUUCGACUUCAUCGAAGAAAAGGCGCCGAUCAUUGAGCUAUCUGAGAACCCAAGCAGCUUCGCUGCAAUAAAACCUGUUUCACCACCAUUAUCCGAUGUUGGAAGUAACUCUUUUGAUUCAUACUAUGACUGGGAGAAUGAGGCAGAGAAAAUGAAGAGUAGUAUUGGCGAGGCUGUGCCUGUCAAUGAGGCGAACAUAUCGGUAAAACUCUUUGAGGAUACAAAUGCAUUUGAAUCAUACAUCAAGCUUCUGCAACUGCCUUAUUUUGAGGAGAGCUCAGAUGAUUCAAUCGGCAGCAUUCUUAGUAACGAUGUGACUCAGGAUAUAGUGACUGAUGCCAAUCUUUGGGGCUUCGAUGACCUGCGCACUCUCAGCAGUGUUUACUGAAGGAUCAUGGGUUCUGUCAAUUAGCGUUCUGUAAAUAAGCGAAUGCCGAUGGUGAGACGGAGAACAAUGGAGGUUAGUAUGAGGAAUCAUGAAUCAUGUGGAACUUUGAUUAUGUAUCAUCUUUUAAGUACUUUGUUUCUGGUUUGUACUCCCUUGGAUUGUCCUGGAAUUGGUUCCUUUUCUGUUUUGGUUUCUUGUGGACCGAUUGAGAAACUGCUUUUGGAUGUAUGCAUCUCUAUUAUUGCUUUAUAAGAUGCUUGUGAAAAUAUUCCUGCAGAGCAAUCUUUUUUUA